AUGGACCAGCCAAACCGUCUACCUCCCGACGGAAACACGACAAAGGCCGUGAAAGACAAGAAAUGCCCGUACUGUCACCAGGCAUUCACGUCUUCCUCCUUGGGCCGCCAUCUCGACCUCUACAUCCGGGAGAAGAACCCGAAGGCGCCAGAUGGAGUGCACGACGUGGAAGCCAUACGGAAGAUCAGACAGAACAUCACGCGUCGACAACCCAAAGGCGCCGUGCCUCGGCGAUCUACGUCAGUCUCUCUGCGGGCCUCGAGCACAGUACCGAGGAAGAAUCCCGUUUCCGGGGAUGCCGACUCAUCCGCCGCGAAAUCUCCAUCGUUCCAGAGGGAGGGCUCACAGUCGGGGAGCGUCUAUGCCAACAGAUACCCCUUCAAGCCCCACUGGGAAACUACGGGAGUCAUCAAUGGCCUGCAAGACGGAUCAGCCGGAGACCCCGAUGGUGAUGGGGUUGGUAGGGGGUCGCGAUCCGCCUCGCUGCAACGGGCUGUCAGCCGGCAAACGCUGAAGCAGCUGCUGGACAUGCGACAGCAGAUCCAGGAUGCCCAAGACAGAACCAGGGCUGCAGAGUUGGCAUUGCGGGAAUUGCUCAGUUCGCUGAGGGCCGCAAAGCAACAACUCGACCUUGACUCGGUGCCUUUCGACUUCGACCCCUUUUCAUUAGAUUUUCCGGCGCUCACGCUGCAAUGCCUCGAGCCGCCACCGACUUUGUUCGCAUCCACUCAGCACCCAACGCCGACGUCCUGGUCAAUACUACCACCAGGACGAAGCCAACUGGAGGCGCUACACGCAUUUUUUCAAAAGGAAUUCAAGGAAUGGAGAAUUGCAUGUGCGGCAGCCACGACGGCCGUCACCGAGGAACUAACAUAUCCGCCAACCCCCAACACUGGGAGCGCAAACAAGAAGGCUCAGAUCCUCAAGGCAGAGCAGGCGGUGGCAAAAAUGGAGAAGCAUGUCUAUGACCACCUCGAGGCCACCUACGCAAUAUGGGAAGCAUUAGCGCAGGAACAGCGUGAGCAGCUCUGGAGACUGGAGCUGGCGCGAGGCGUGGGCAGAAAGCAGAAACAGGUGGACCAGUUGAAGGAAGGGCAACACCUGCUCCGACAAGAGAACACGAAUCUCAAGAUGCAGCUCGAGCAAUUGACUCGAUUGCAACAGCCGCAAGAAUUCCAAAUCGCGCCUCCAUCAACUAUUUUCAUCGACGAGAAACUGAUGGCACGCGUCUUGGUGGAUAAUAUGGAAACCAAGGGGCUUGCCGGAUUCAACAUCACCGACCGCGAUGCCGACUUGAGCACCCUUGUCUCGUCCGUCAUUGACCGAUGGAAGAGUGUGAUCGUCGGAGCCCGGUCGGCCAGCGGCGGUCUCCGUGCGCAACGACCCCUCGACACUUUUUCUACAGGAGAACUGAGCCCCGAAGAAUCAACAGGAGGCACAUGCUUGACAAAUCAGCAGCAGUCCGCGUCGGGUCACUACCAAUCUCCUCGCUCACAGUACACACCCACAAUCAGCAGCCAAGCAACGAGGCACCCCUCCUCGGCUGCUUCCACAUCAGCGGCACUGAUACCGCGACUGCGAACAACCCCCGCCGUCCCCGGUACUGCACCUUCGACGAGUAUUCAAGAGGAUGAGGACGAAGACAAAGUAAUGAGCGAUCAGGACGCCGAAUCAGAUGCGGACUCAACGCAAGACGCAGACCAAGACGGCGACGCAGAAGGUGACACUGAUGCCGACGCCGACGCGGAUGGGGAUGCUGACAUGGACGACGACCUUGGGGAUUACCCGGCCGUCCCGCACCGCGCUAUCCAACAUCAACAACCACACCAGUUACAUUCGGCCGUGUCUGUUGCCUACGGUAGAUGA